AUGGUCAAUAAUUAUUCUCUUAAUAGUGAACAAGAACGUGAUGAAGUACCAAAUACAUAUGGAUUUUUUGUUUCACCUGAUGAACUUGAAAUGGAAGAAUCAGUAAAAGCAUCAGUAGCACGUCGUCGAGAACAAAAAUGGCUUGAUAUGUUUGCACGAUGGUCUUCAUUUAUUGGAGCACAGUUUGAUAAAGUUAAAGCACGUUGUCGGAAAGGUAUACCACCAUCUGUACGUGGUCAAGCUUGGUAUCAUUUAUCAGCAGCUAAAUACCGACAUGAAAAUGCAGAUAGAAACUGUCCAACAGGAAGUGUAUUUAAUUUUUAUUUAACACAAACACCUGCAUUAAAUGUUCUUGAAGAUAUAAGAAAAGAUCUUGCAAGAUCUUUUCCUGAUCAUGAAAUGUUCAGAGAUGAUGGAUGCGGACAACAAAGUUUAUUUGAUGUGCUUAAAGCAUAUGCUGUCCACGAUCCAGCAGUUGGUUAUUGCCAAGCUCAAGCACCUAUUGCUGCUAUUUUAUUAAUGCACUUACCACCUGAACAAGCAUUCUGGGUAUUUGUUCAAAUCAAUGAAGAAUAUGUGAAAGGAUAUUUUAGUGAUGGAUUAAUGGCAGUUAAAGAAGAUGCUUUAGCAACAGAAUUACUCAUACAAAAAAUUUCAUCAAAAGGCUAUCGUUUACUACAUAAACUCGAUGUUGAUCCAAUAUUAUAUACACUUGAUUGGUAUAUGACAUUAUUUUCACGAACAUAUCGUGCACCACAAUUAUUUCGUAUUUGGGAUAUGUUCUUUUGUGAAGGUGUUAAAGUAUUAUUUCGUCUAGCUCUUGUUAUUGUACGUGAAACACUUGAAACUGGUUCCCCUGAUACCGUUACAAAAGCACAUAAAUGUGAUAAUCCAAUGGAUCUUGUAGGUCUUAUCAAACAAACAGCAAAAAAUCUCCCAUUUGAUACAUUAUUAAUCAAAAUGGAUAAACUUCCAUUAUCAGAUAUUGAUCUUGCACAAGCUUGUGGAAAAGCAAGAGAACAACUGAGUUCGGGUCUGAAUACAAGCAAUUCUCGAAAAAAUCCAUCUCGUUCUCAAGCGAAUAAACAUAAAUAA